CAACCAAGAAGGGUAAAGAGGCCAAAACUCCUCUACCGAUCGUAGCACCGCGGUCUCCUGUUUUUCUUUCUCUUUGACCCAAAAUCAGAUAAUCCAUACAAUUUCGGGUCCCAAGCCUCCAUCUGAUCUUCUUGGUUUCGUCGCUUCAGUUGAUUGUUUCUUCUUGUUCGAAACUUUAUUGCAUUAUACAAUAUAAUUUCUACUCGCUGUCCUUGUCGCCCUCUUCAAAGUUGAAGAAUUGGGAGUUUUGACUCUUCCAUUGCGAUUUCGAUUGUUACUGUAAAGCUCGUGAGGCAGUUCUUUUGAAGCAAUUCAGCUAUGCAGAGCCAGCUUCAUUGUAUUGGGUGUAGGAGCAUUCUUCUUUAUCCAAGAGGUGCAGCAAAUGUCUGUUGCGCUUUAUGUAAUACAGUUACCUCUGUCCCUCCUAUUGACGAGCAAUUACAGAACUCACCGUCAAGGAAAGAUGGGAUCGAUGAAGCCACUGAAACUACCCUUAGAAUCUACGGCUGUGAUUUGAUUCAAGAAAGUGGUAUUUUACUUAGAUUACCACAAGCUGCUAUGGCCACUGGUCAAGUACUAUUCCAUCGUUUCUAUUGCAAGAAAUCAUUUGCUCGAUUCAAUGUCAAGAAAGUUGCAGCUAGUUGUGUUUGGCUUGCGUCUAAACUAGAGGAAAGCCCUAGAAAAUCAAGGCAAGUCAUUAUUGUUUUUCACAGAAUGGAAUGCAGGAGAGAGAAUUUAACCAUGGAGUUUUUGGACCUAACUUCAAAGAAAUUUGCAGAGUUGAAGAUGGAACUGAGCAGAACAGAAAGGCACAUAUUGAAAGAGAUGGGUUUUGUUUGUCAUGUUGAGCAUCCUCACAAAUUUAUUUCAAACUACCUUGCGACCCUUGAAGCGCCUAAAGAAUUGAGGCAGGAAGCUUGGAAUCUUGCAAAUGAUAGUCUAUAUCAACUCUCUAUUUGGAGCAGUUUGCGCACAACCUUGUGUGUUCGUUUCAAGAGUGAGGUUGUGGCCUGUGGGGUUGUAUAUGCUGCAGCACGUAGGUUCCAAGUACCUCUUCCUGAGAAUCCACCAUGGUGGAAGGCAUUUGAUGCAGAUAAAUCUGGGAUUGAUGAAGUUUGUAGAGUUCUAGCUCACCUUUACAGCCUUCCUAAGGCAAAGUACAUAUCAGUCUGCAAGGAUGGAGAUUUUUCUUUUUCUAGGAAGUCUUCAGAUUCUCAAUUGCAGCCACUUCCAAAGGAAGCUCCACAGGUUAGCUCACCGAACAAUGAUGAUAUUGCUCCCAAGUCAGCCCCAACUGUGAGUGGUGCAGAAUCAGGAGCUUCCAAGGGUACAUUAAUAAAAGCAGCUCUAGAUAAGCUGAAGGACUCUAAGAAGAGUGAUGAUGAGUCCAAGCCUACUGAUGGAGAGGCAAGAGAUGAGGCCAUUCCAAGAUCCAAGUCUGAGCACAGAUCAGAGGCAAGUGGGGACAGGAUCAAGGACAGAGAAAGGGAUAGAGAUAGGGGAAGGGAGAGGGAGAGGGAGAGGGAGAGGGAGAGGGAUAGAAUAAAGGAGAGGGGUAGAGAUUCUGACAGGGAAAGGGAGAGGGAAGAGACUGAGAGGGACCGAGAUAAAGCUAAGGAUCGAAGUCAUCGAUCGAAGGAUAGAGGAAAAGAUUCAGGACAUUCAGAGAAAUCAAGAUAUCAUUCAUCACGUGACCGUGACUACCACAGUUCCUCGUAUUCUUCAAGGGAGAAGGAUCGUCAUAGACAUCACUCGUAUGCUUAAAUCGGUCAUUGAGGUGUGCGCUUUCACUUCAAUAUAUAGCUGCUAUCUGAAAUACUGUAGUUAUAUAUUAUGUGGUUCAGUACAUCUUUGGAAUGCAGGAAAGGGAUUUAAAUUUGGAUGCAGAAUUUCCAUUUGAUAUCAAUUCGUGAAUUUCAUUUCAAAAGAGAUACUUGCUUAUUCUGCAAUUGUGUGCGAAAUACAUUUCUACUAGCGCCUUUCCACUAAACAUUCAUUUGUACAGUUCUGAUGAUGAUGAUAUUAUUCUCUAUUUAUGCUAUUCGCAAGAGUUGUCUA